GGACAGCUGCGCGACAGCCACGCCCGGGGGCAGGGGACAGUGACACCCCGGGGUGGCACACGGCAUGGCACACUCGGGAUGCGUGUGGGGACACGGGCUGGGAGGACAGCCACGGGCAGGGGGCUGGAGGUGGCGGGGGAUGCGGGGACAGCCAUCCUUGGUGGCGCGGGGAGCCGGGACACGGGGACAGCCUGGGAGAGCGGAGACUUGGGACGAGGGGACAGCCCCGCCUGGGGACAGCCACCAUGCAAAGCGCUGCUCGUGGGGACACCGGCGACACGGGGGCAACGGCGACACGGGGACAACAGCGACACGGGGGCAACGGUGAUAGGGGGACAACAGCGACACGGGGACAUCGCCACUCCCGGCUCUCCGUGUCCCCAGAGCUCGCGGUGACCGCCACCCCGUCCCCGCCGCCCCGGCCACCCCCGGACCAUGAACGUGCUGGCUCCGGUCCGCAGGGACCGGGUCAUCGCCGACCUGCCCGCGUGCUUUCGGAAGGAGGCCGCCCUGCACGCCCGCCCCGCCUUCCACCCCGGCGUGGCCAGCGCCUGCCGGGAGCAGCGCACGGGCACCGUGGGGUUCAAGAUCUCCAAGAUCAUCGUGGUGGGCGACCUGUCGGUGGGGAAAACGUGCCUGAUCAACCGGUUCUGCAAGGACACUUUUGAUAAGAACUACAAGGCGACCAUCGGGGUGGAUUUCGAGAUGGAGCGGUUCGAGGUGCUGGGCGUGCCCUUCAGCCUGCAGCUGUGGGACACGGCCGGCCAGGAGCGUUUCAAGUGCAUCGCCUCCACCUACUACCGAGGAGCACAGGGUGAGCUCCCCGCUGCAGCCCCCCUGUCCCUGUCCCUGUCCCUGUCCCUGUCCCUGUCCCCAUCUCACCCUCCUUCCUCCCCAGCCAUCGUGAUUGUCUUCGAUGUCAACGACGUGGGGUCCCUGGAGCACACUCGGCAGUGGCUGGCUGACGCUCUGAAGGAGAACGACCCAUCCAACGUGAUCCUCUUCCUGGUGGGCUCCAAGAAGGACCUGAGCACCCCAGCACAGUACAGCCUGAUGGAGAAGGACGCUCUCAAGGUGGCCCAGGAGAUGCAGGCAGAGUACUGGGCUGUGUCCUCGCUCACCGGGGAGAACGUGCGGGAUUUCUUCUUCCGGGUGGCGGCGCUGACCUUCGAGAGCAGCGUGCUGGCCGAGCUGGAGCGCGGCAGCAGCGCCCGCAGGAUCGGCGACACCGUGCGGAUCAGCAGCAAGGAGAGCGACCUGUACCUGUCCACGCCCCGCAAGAAACCCAAGUGCUGCCAGUGAGGGGCAGCCCCAGCCCCCUCCGUGCUCUGGACCAAAGAGGGGCGACCCCGGCCGGCCCCGAGGAGGCGUCCCUGCCACCCCCAGCCCCCCCAGCCCCCGGCCUGCCUGGGCACCCCCGGCUGGGGCGGGCAGGAGCACCCGGGUGGCUCCUGCAGCUAUGCAAACCCAGGUACUGCUCGCAGGGAGGGAUGUCCUCAGGCUCCCUUUUGUCUUAAUAAAAUCUUUUUUAUGCUUUGUAAGAAA